AGAAAAGCCACAGAGCAGGGCAGGAACAAUGCUGUAUCCCUUGCCGUUCGAAAGCUGGCAGUAGUUCAAGUGGUCAUUCAUGGCUUCGCAAGUCGAGCGUAUUAAAUGGAUUGAGGGCACGUCAUUCCUUGUCGACGGCUUUAACUUCCUCUCUCCCAAGUGCUCGGCCUACUUUCUCACCCACUUCCACAGCGACCACUACUGGGGCCUCCGACCCUCGUUCUGCCACGCCAAAUCUACCAUCCUCCACACCGGCGAUUUUCGGGCAAGCGAGGCGUUGACCGAGAGGACGGCGUCCUGGAUCCGGGACCGGGACCUGCGUGUCCGUCCGUCCUAG